GGAUCCCUGCCAGCCAGGCACACAGUCUUGCGGAGUCUCCCCACCCUGGCUGCAUUGCUGUGCUUUCUCUAGGGAAUGGGACACUGUGCACUCAUCUAGGAGGUCUCUGUACACCGACAAAUAAAACUAUUAUACAUUUAAGAAGACAAAGCCUAAACCACAAGGAGACCUAAUGGCUGCUUUUAUAACCGAAAACUUUAAAUUUUUAGCUCUGUUCUUCAAGAGCAAAGAUGUGAUGAUAUUCAAUGGGCUGAUUGCCCUUGGGACUGUGGGAAGCCAAGAAUUAUUUUCUGUGGUGGCAUUUCACUGCCCCUGUGCUCCAGAGAGGAAUUAUAUGUAUGGACUGGCUGCCAUUGGAGUACCUGCUCUGGUUUUGUUCCUCAUUGGGAUAAUGUUGAAUGGCCACACAUGGAAUAUGGUGGCAGAAUGUAGAAAAAGAGCCGUGAAGAACUGUUCUACCGCAGCCACUUUCCUUUUAUUUGGAUCCAUCGCAGGGAGGGCUGCUGUGGCGCCAGUGACAUGGUCUGUGAUUUCAUUACUGCGUGGAGAGGCCUAUGUAUGUGCCCGUAGUGAAUUUUUAAACCCGAACACAUUGAUGGGAUUGGUCACUGACAUUGGACCAGAAACCAUGGCCAGAAUCCCUUGUAAAGACACACCAAGCAGUAUUUUGGCGUAUAAAGACGAAGUGAUCAGAAGGCUACAAUACGAAUCUCAGUUUAUCGGUUGGAUUCUAAUUGCGGUAGUUGCCUCAGCCAUAUUUUUACUUAAGUGCCUGCACCACUGCUGCUCUCCAUUGAGCUACCUCCAAGAACAGUACUGGGGUCAGUAUCGCUCCAGCGAGAAGGAACUCUUCAACCGUACCGCUGAAGUCCAUGCAAAAGUCCUUGCUGCCAGUAAUGUCAAGCAGUUCUUUGGUUUUGUGGCUUUAAAUAAAGAAGAGCAGGAAAUGGUAACUGAUUACCCAGUGGAAGAGGUACAGCCAAGUCCUCAAUGGAAUGAAAUAACUGGACUAUAUCUUUAUAGGGAAAACAAGGGUUUCCCCUUAUACAGUCGUCUUCAUAAAUGGGCCAAAAAGGUCAUUGGGAAUGGUACAGAUGCAGACACCAAAGAGAUGGCAUUACUUGCAGUUUGAGACUAUGGACAUCUGACUGACAGCAGGAGAACACUCAGCCAUGCAAGUAUUUUCAGGGAAUUAUGAACUGUCCACUAUAUUCACAUUGCCCAGGACAUAAUACAACCUAUGCUAUGUGUGUGUAUAUUUUUUAUAUAUAUAACAUUUUAGAAUGAUUUGACUGAUCUCAAUAUUUUGGACAAAGAAUCACUAAUCCUAGUAUGGAGACAGCAAUGAGCACCACCCGUCUUCCUUUUUUUUUUUUUUUUUUUAGACAGGGCAAAGACUUUUUAUUCAGUACGACAAAAGACAACACUGAAGCCCUCUCUCUAUUUGUGAAAGGGAAAUAAAAGCAUCUUCAGCUCACUACUUGGCAAAUGCAGCACUUGCCCUUCAGAUAUAGCAAAACAGUAUCUUCCUAGACCCAAACUUAGUCGGGGGGGGAGCUUUGAAUCAAACCAUCUUGGUAUUGCAUGUAGUCUUCUAGGCCAGGUAUUUACCAAUCACUGGAGAGUGUAUUCUCCAAUGAAUACCUGGCCAAACAGAUUAUGCUCAAAUCUAGUGAUGGCUUCUCUCUAACACACGAAGAUCACAUGACAAAGGAGGCUGCAAAAGAAGAGCGGGAGUUUGCACAAAGCAUCUAAGCAAGGAGGCGCUAGGGUUGGGGAGCAUUAUGUAGAAGUAUAUCAUUCUGAAACCUCCCCCAAGGUACUUUACAGCCAUGAAUAGCAAAAGAAACCAUGUGUAGAAAUGUCAAAAUUUGUACAAAAUGUUUACAUUCAAACAAUAAAAAAAAUUUUGUUGGUUAAAAUUAAUCAUGGGUGUAAAUGGGUAUUUCAUAGCCUAAUGGCAAAGAGAAAUAGUGAAAUGGUACUCGGCAAGAUGUUUAUUGUUUAAAAGUGAAGUUUUGUACAAAUUUUUACGUUCAACCUUUUCUACACUUUUUUUUUUUUUUUUUU